GAAGAUAAAAUGAUAACUGCGUUUCAAAAAUACAAAUAAAACAAUUGUGAAAUAAAAAAAAUAUUUUUUUUUUUUCUUUUUGUGAAAAUACAUUGUACAUGCCCAUCCAGAGUGAAUGCUUAAAAUAAUCGGGGUAGGUCUAGCGUUUGGGUUGGGUUAUAUGACUGCCUACAAUGACCUGUUUACAUACGUGUUGCAAGAGAAUAUGGUUUUACAUGCGUUUUUAGGGUUAACUGGUUGUUUCUUAUUUAUAUUUGUUCCACUAGAGAGAUUAGCAGAAAAGGAAUCGAUUCAGCAUCCUAUAUCACCAAUGCGAACCUCAGCUAGAGAACAUUUACAACGAAGAGGUAGUUUUUAAAAAUAAAAUUUCUUUUGAAAAGGAGAAAAAAAGGGAAUGAUUUACACAAAAAAAUAUAAUAAAUGGGGGGUUAAGAGAGU